GAGUAUAAACACCAGCAGGACCUACUCCGGGCUUUAAAACCUGCGAACACACCGCUGCCUCCAAACUGCCUGGGGGGUGAUGUGCUGAAGUGGCAGAGGGGAGAGCAGCAUGAGGCUCCAGCUGGAGAAGCAGCUCCUCUUCCUCUCCCUCCUCUGCAUCCUCUCCAAGGUGUGUGCCCAGCUGUGCCGGAGACCAUGCUACUGCCCCUGGGUGCCACCCCGCUGCCCCCGCGGGUCUCCCCUGGUUCUGGAUGGCUGUGGCUGCUGCAAGAUCUGUGCCCGGCGCCUGGGGGAGCCCUGUGACUUCCUCCACGUCUGCGACCAGAGCCAGGGCCUCGUCUGUGACUACAGCACAGCACCGGCCAGGACAGGAGGCACCUGCAACUUCGAGGAUGACGAGGAGGGCUGUGAGGUGAACGGCCGGGUCUAUCGAGAUGGAGAAGUUUUCCAGCCCAGCUGCAAACUCCAGUGCCGCUGCCUGGACGGGGGUUUCACCUGCAUCCCGCUGUGCCAGGAGGACGUGCGGCUGCCCACCCCGGACUGCCCCUUCCCACGGCGUGUGGAGAUCCCAGGGAAGUGCUGCCCUGAGUGGAUCUGUGGAGCCCAGGACCAGCACCUCCUCCGGGAUGCCAGGGCAGGUAAGAUGCAGGGCACCUCCAGGGAGGGGAUGCCCGGGCAGGUCUCUGGGGAUGGCCCCUUCACCCCAGGCUCUGAAACAUCACCUCACACUCCUCUGCCACGCGGGGCUCUGCCCGCAGCACCGCAGGGCAUCCGCACAGAGCCUGGCUCCAACCACCCUUUAUCCCCUCCUCUCUUUUCUUUCAGCGCCCGGGGCAGUGUCCCCAGCGCUGCCAUACCCCUGCCAGGAGUGGAGCACAGAGUGGAGCGCCUGCUCGGCCACCUGUGGCGUGGGCUUUGCCACCCGCGUCUCCAACCAGAACCGCUACUGCCGGCUGGAGACCCAGAGGCGGCUCUGCGUGGUCAGACCCUGCCCCGCCCUGCCCGCGGCAUUCCCGGCGAGGGGAAGAGGAGGUCGUUUGUAGCUGUGCCCACCCUGGUUUCAUCCCGGAGCCAACGCCUCAUCCCGGCAAAGAGUCUGGCACAAACCUAUGGCAUUGUGGUUUUGGUGAAGAUGGAGAAACUAGAGAAGUUUCCAUCGAGAAACUAGAGAAGAACCGAUGGACUUUGGCUGCAAAGGAGGCUGGAAAUAGAGAACAAGAUCCCCCUCUCACUCAGCACCUGCCUCCUCUGUGCACCCUGCUGCCCCAGGCAGGAUUAGUGGGCAGCAUUCCCGAGUUUCUUAGGCUGAAUGAAAUGGGAAAUGGGGAAACCCUGCCCCAAGCAUGAACCCACCAAAGAAGCCAGGAAUUGGUCCUUUCCUGGAUCAGUGGAGCUUCUGGAGAGGUGAUGCUGCUCCUCCACCCCAUCACACAGCUCUGCUCUGCGGGGACUGCAAGAGAAGCCAUCUCCAGCACCUGGAAGCCCAAAUCUCUGGAGGGAACUCUCAUGCUCUGGCCCCCCAGGGAGGGAGCAGGUACAUCAGGCUGCACCCACAAGUCACUGCCGUGCCAGGCUGAGCUGCUCCACCGCGCGGGAGCUCAGCCAGCCCACGAUACCCGCCCCGCGAACAGCGGCUCCUCCCGGGGCACGGGCAGGGUCCUCCUGUUGGCAGCUCUAAUUCACCUUCCCUGCAUCCCCUCCAGAACAAACACGAGCCUUCCCGCUCCUCCUGGCCCCCUCCUCUCCCAGGCGCUGGCGGUUUUGGCAGGGCUGCGGCGAGCGAGGAGCUCAGACGGAGACACCGUCCCGCGGCACCAGACAUACCGCCUGCCAUCCAAGCACAUUCCCUGUGAGCCCGGGCCAAAGGAAAAGCGGGAGAAAGAGAAAACAAAAUCGCAAAGAUGAGUCGGAGCCGCCUCCCGACGGGCUGGAGCCGCUCCAGCGGCGCAGGAGAGCUGCCGGCGGUUCUGGCUGUGCUUUCCCUCGGCAGUAACCCUUGUGGGCGACGGAAAAUGAAACCCAAAUGCCCUCUAACGGCCUCGCACCAGCGUGCAGAGGGAACGUUCCACCCCGCAGGGAGAGAGGGGCAGCUGCAAGGAGCAGUGGUGCAGGUGACAUGUCCAGGUGAGACACGGACUUUUUAGACGUGUAUUUCUGGAACUAAAAAUAAAGGUGUGCUGAUCAAGGUGUGGAGCUUGUCUGGGUGAGCCCAGCCCUGCUGCUCGUGGCCAGCUGGAAAGUGGCACAGGAUGGGGCAGCCUGGAAGCACCUCAAUUCAGGCUGCUUAGAGUGAGAAAAGAAAAAGGAAAAAACAUUGUGAAUCAAACACUGAACACAUUAUUAGAGUAUAUCAUAUCCUGGAUUCAGUCAUGACCCUUUGCUUUUUACCCAGCCAUCAGCUCCAUCAGCUCCAUCAGCUCUGCCGUCGGGAGCAGCCCUGCCCACAGCCCUGCCCAGGUCUCCGGGCAGUGUUGGGAUGUGCAGGACAGCACUGGCUGCCCUGCUGCUGGGUCUGCAGCCCCAGGCACAGCCCAGGCCAUGCCUCUCCUCAGCCUCCUACAAAUCAGUGCCCAAACCCCCCCGUGACUCAUUCCCCCCUCCUGCCAGGUCCUCCUCUGCUCCCCCCAGACUGGGAUUUCCCCAGCAUCGUGCCACCAGUGCCACCAGCUCCUCCCGACCCAGGGCAGAUACUGCGGCAGAUUUGGAGGUGCAGGGGCAAAAGGCUGAAGGGCAGAGGGAGCUCUCCUCUCCAGCCCAGGGAAAAGCUUCCUCACUAGCAGCAGGAAAGGCAGCAGGGCCAAGGCAGCUGCUCACCCACUCCCCUGGGCUCUGCAAGGGCUGAAAAUAAAACUGAAGUCAAGGAUGCCUUUCAGUCACUUCUUAGGGGGUGAGGGGGGAAAGAAACAAGAAGUAAC